AAACUCCUUCUUUGAGAGUGCACGGUGCACGUGCUAAGCCUCACUAGCCUCAUCGAGACUCGAUCGACUCCGGUCGCCUCGGUUACGAAGAAAACGUGCAAGCGUGCAUCUGGACUGGUGUUGGCGUGAUGUGGCUGAAAAUGAGUUUAACCAGUGUUCUUCGUGUCCUCACAACAACCCUAGAACCAACAUGAAACGUGAAGUGACCUUCCAUCUGUUUUCAGUGCGCGAAUUAGCCUUAAUCCGGGGAGUAAAGACGUAGCGCUCUCCUCAUCGGCGGAUCCCGUUUGACGGCAUGGAGGGCUCCGAUCUCGUGCUGAACCUGGGCACCCAAGCUCCCCUCAAGAAAUCUGCCGCGACCACCGCGAAAAGGACCGACCGUGAUGCUGUCGUUGCUGUGUCCAAGGAACCUGGAAGCGUCAGAGCAGGUGGCGCGCAGCGUCCCUUCAAGCCUGCCAAGCGUACCCAAGGUGCCAGCUCCGGGGCCGAAGGCGGUGUCGGCGGGGAGCCUCACACCGGGGCACCGCCGAAAAAGAAGCAGCACGUCGUGACGGCCCUCUUCGACCACCGAACCGUCCUGCCGGAGGUCGAUGUCAAGCCGACCGAGUCCAAAAGCGAGCCCGUGUUCUCGUCGUCGCAGUUCGCCGACUUCGACGUGCAUCCGCACCUGGUGUCCUGCCUUCGGGACCGCUUCGGCAUCACCACCGCCACUGAAGUCCAGAAGCUCGCCAUCCCGGUGCUGCUGGACGGCCGGGACGCCCUCAUCAAGUCCCACACGGGCUCUGGCAAGACGCUGGCGUACGCCGUCCCAAUGCUGCAUCGACUCCAGGAGAUCCGACCCAAGCUGAGCAGAGCGGGAGGCAUCCGCGCCGUUGUCAUCGUGCCCACCAGAGAACUGGCCCUGCAGACGUACGAGUGCUUCGAGAAGCUGUCCAAGGCCUGCACGUGGAUCGUCCCGGGUGUCCUCAUGGGUGGCGAAAAGAAGAAGUCGGAGAAAGCUAGGAUCAGGAAAGGGCUCGUCAUCGUCGUGGGUACGCCAGGCAGGUUGAUCGACCACCUGGAGCGCACGGAGUCGUUCUCCCUCGCCAAAGCCGACUGGCUCGUGAUCGACGAGGCGGAUCGCCUGCUCGAACUAGGCUUCGAAGAGUCGGUCUCGAAGAUAGUGUCUCUCUGGAAGGAGCAGCACCAGGCAGAUGGUACCAGCGUUCUGCUGUCUGCCACACUCAGUAAGGGAGUGGAGCGCCUGGCCGGCUUGACCCUGAACAAUCCGACGACCGUGGAUGUUGCCACGGAAGCGGGCGCAGGCGAGCUCGAAGAGUUUGUCCUUCCGGCUGGCUUGAGCCAGUACUACGUCCAGACGCCCGUCAAGCUUGCUCAGAUGGCUCUCUGUUGUCUCCUCUUGGACGCUUGUGUGGUUACAGAUGGUGGCAAGGUGAUCGUGUUUCUGGCGACGCAGGAUUCGGUCGACUUCCAGCAGGCACUCUUUUCAUCCAUUUUGGGCGUCAUGCUCGAAGACACUGACAGGCGAGUAGACUUCGUCAAGCUCCACGGGGACAUGACUCAGCACGAUCGCGCCGAAGUCUUCCGCAAGUUUAGGGACGCCCCGGCGGGAGUUCUGUUCACGACGGAUGUGGCCUCUCGUGGACUGGACGUGCCGCAGGUGGACCUGAUAGUCCAGUGCUGUGUUCCGCUACGACCCGAAGACUAUGUCCAUCGCGCUGGGAGAACUGCCCGCAUAGGUGCAAAAGGCCGCGUCGUCAUCCUCCUCUUCCCAUCCGAGGUAGGCUUCCUGGAUGUCCUAGCCGACCGCAAGAUAAAGGUAGACAAGAUGGAGCUGAAGGAAUUGCUCUGCAAGGUGUAUGCCCUCAAGCAGCAGAUCCUUGAGGCAAGGACUGAUCCUGGACAGAAGCUCAAGACCAUGGAAGACUUUGUGACAACUCUUCAGCUCAUUUUCGAGAAUGAGGUGUAUGCGGAGCAAGAGCUCCUUGCAAUGGCCAAGAAAGGGUUCUUGAGCCAUGUUCGAUCGUAUGCAUCUUAUCCAAGGGCAAUGAGGGAGGUGGUUUCUUUUAGGGCCCUCCAUCUGGGACAUCUUGCAAAAGCCUACUGCCUUCGAGAGACUCCGAGCACUCUGGGUGCUCAGUGGGCUUCCGAACCACCGAAAGGUGCAACUGGAGGCCAUGGCCAUCGGGAUGCUAGGGCUAAACGGAUGAAGAAUCCGGGAACUCGUAGGCCGUCAAUCGCCAAAGUGAAGAUAUCCGAGUAUGACAGUGGUCUCGUGGCAUCCAAGAAAAAAAAGAAAUCCAAGAACAGUUGAAGUGUGUCUAAGUGACCUGGCCAUUGUGUGUUGAGACUUCUUUUUAAGAUGAACAUUUGGUUUCGGAAAAUUGUCUGAUGCUUCGAUUUCUUUUACAUUGCUUUUCCAAAAUGUAACUCGGCCAUGUUGAAAAGAGAUAAGUGCCAAAGUAUUUUUAUGAGGGUAAGAGUUUUUGUUCAUGUGAAAGGAGAGGUCUCAGCAAGGUAGGCUCUUAUCUGUGGCAUAUGUCUGCAUUUCAUUGUUGCCGGUGCAAAGUUAUUGAGUUCAAAGGAUAAAAUAAAUUGAGGUGGCUUUUGGAGAAAACAAAA